AUGCUCCGCUGCCUCCUGCUCGCGGCCUGCGGCGCAGCCGUGGCCGGUCAGGCUUGCGGCGCUGCGGGCGCCGCUCCCGCUGCUUCGCUAACCGUUUCUGGCUGGUGCGGCGGCGCCGCGUUUGUGUCCGAGGAAGCGCUGCUGGGCUCCGAAUGCCUGAGCUCCGAGAUGGUGCCCGCCGAUGCUGUCUGCGCGGCCAUGAACAUGCGCUGGUGGGCGGCGGCCAAGGCGCUGCUGCCGCGGCUCGCUUCCGACGGCAGGCCCGCUGUGCGCUCGCACGCGCAGGCGGUCAAGGAUGGCUCCGCGGGUCUGAUUGGGCUGGUCCGGCGCGGCGGCUCGGACGCGGGGCUGCUCGUCCGCCCCGCCGUGUCCUGGGCACAGAGCCAUGAGGCGGUGCACGUGCGCGUCCGCUUCUCUCCCAAGAAGCACGGGCCGGUCUCCGCGUCGAAGAUCGAGUCGCCAGAGGUGCGCGUGGGGGCGGCGGCGAUUGGCUUCAGCGCGCACGCGCGCAGCGUCAACUCGGGCAAGCGGCUCGACUUUCGGCUCGAGUUGCCGCUCAACGCGAGCAUCGACGAGGAGAGCAGCACGCACGCGCUCGCGCCCGGCCGGCUGACGUUCCGGCUGGCAAAGGCGGAGCCGGGGCAGCGGUGGAAGGCGCUCGCGGCGUCGCCAGGGGAGGGAGAGGCGAUCGAGUACGGCCACGUCGGCGCGUGGUUCGAGGAGCAGGAGCGGCUCGACGGCGAGGCGAAGAAGCGCAAGGCGGCGAGGGAGAAGAGCGAGGCAAAGGCAAAGGAGGCGGCGGAGGCCAAGGGCGGCGAGGGCGAGAAGCCGGCGCCAGCGAGCCCGACGCCGCCCAGCAGCAGAAAGGAGAAAAAGAAACGGGCGAAGGCCGCGGGCGCCGGCGCCAGCUAG